UUCUUACCUCGCACCCUAAACUCUCGAACCCCAAAACCCUAGCUCUAACCUUGCAGGAACAUCACCGGAGUCAGGGAAGAAGGUCCACAGCUCAAUCCGCGGAGGGCAAAAAUUUGGGCGCCGGAAUCCAAAGAACUGCGCGGGCACAAUAUAGCAAUACCGUUAUAUUUUGGACCGAAACCUGGGGGUAAAACCGUAAAACACAAGCAAAUCGAGGGAUUUGAGGUCUGCUGAUCUCCGCGGACCUGCUCUGCUUCCCCUGUAUACCGCCGUCACAAUUUGUUGAUUUGUUUCCGCCUCAUCGUCGAUUCAUCGGCGACCUCACCGCCGGCGACUGGACGCAACAGGGCAGGCCUGUUUCCACCAAAGUCUUCUCUCGUCGUGAGGCGUCACCCUCCUCCCCUGCCUCACCCUCUGCUGGUUCUUGGCUGCGCGGAGCGGAGAUCCACUUGACUUAGAUCGGUUCUUCUUCCCCUUCAUCGCGCAAGAUCAAUCUACCUAACGGUGCAGUUUAUUUUCCAAAAAAAAUUGGGGGUUCAACUGAAUCCCCAUGCCCCACGUUCAGUCCGCCCUGUGAUUCGUGCUCACUUAAGCGAUGAACCUUCGCUGAAUUGGUAACCUUGGCUGCAAGAGGCAAUGGAUGCUAAAGGUCUCAACGGAGAUAAGUUGGAGAGUAGGCUCUAUGUAGGGAAUCUGGACUUCAGGAUAUCAGAGUCCGAUGUUAUCAAGAUGUUUUCCCCCUUUGGAAAGAUCACAGCCGAGGAUUUCUUGUGGCACACACGUGGCCCAAAGCGAGGCGAACCACGGGGCUAUGCCUUUGUUCAAUACACCACUAAAGAGGAAGCUCAGCUGGCAAAGGAAAAGAUGAAUGGCAAGUUGGUCCGUGGACGCCCAAUGGUGGUUCAUCUGGCUAGUGAGAAAUGUUCUUUGGACUCUGGUAAUUCACAGAGAGCACUGAAAGACAAAAGGCUGGCAGGUGGUUCAGGAGGCAAAUCAGGACAAACUGAUCGUGCUGCAAAGAUAGCUGCUAUAAAAAACAAGUUAAAAUCUCUGGAGGAAGAGGGAUGUAGCACAAAAAGACCAAGACUAAAGCCAGAUGACUUGACAGGCGCUGGGGAACAAUCUCAUAAGAAGUUUUGAAGUGAGUUUUUUCAUUCUCCAGAAUGUUGGGAGCUUGUGCCUGUUUAUGCUGGUGACACUUCUAAAGUCGCUGUCAUCCUAAAAUUUUAGCUUCAGGAAGUAAGUCAGGUCACAUGUGUAACAUUCCACAGUUUGUCACAUUUGUACAACAGUUUGUACCAAUUACCUGUUUCUGAAUAAAUUGGUCUUUUGAGGGGGGAAUCAUUGUGACAAUAUGUUGUCUUGGCAUUGAUAAUGUGCUGGUCUGUGAGUUUCA